CUCAACCCUCUCUCCUUCAGCAUUAGUCGGUCUCAAGCUAGUGGUCUGACGCUGCUAGUGUAAGCUCAGGUGCAAGCUCGAAUACUGUAUCUUGCAAUUCUUGGAGGCUUCAGUAGUACAUUUGAAUGUGCUCCACCGCCUGUAGACGUUCCAGCUGAGUUUGACUGAAGCCUGAAUUUGAGUGAAGCCCUCCUGCUGUACUGUAGCUCCCACGAGAUCAACGCGUACUUCUCACCGCAUCAGCAUUCAACCUCCCACAUUUUCAACCUGUCGUUCGCACCGCAUCAGCUCCAGUUUCCCCACAAUCCGUCCGCCAUGCUUCCCGUCUUGGCGGCGGACACAAGUCCGUCUAUGUUCUAAGACCCCUCAAAACCAUUCACUACUUACCACCUCACCUCAUCAGCUCCUGAUUCCCAUCAACUUAUAUUUCCCGUCGGAUCCUCGCCUAGCCGCCAUGCUUCUCGUCUUCGUGGCGGACGCGAGUCCGUCCCUGUUCUAGGCCCAUGUUUUAAUUUUGAGGCGCCUCAAAACUAGACUUCUAUUUCGUGGCGGACACGACUCCGUCCCUGUUCGAGGCCCAUGUUUUAAGGCCCCCUAGGACCCCUGAAAACCAUUCACUACUUCCCACCUCAUCACCUUCUGAUUCCCGCCAGCCUCUAUUUCCCAUCAAGCUAUAAUUCCUGUUGUUAACAUCGUUCACGAGUCUACGAGUUCCCAACAGGUCAGCGUGUAGCACUCAGUCAGUCAUCCCCACCUGCCGCCAUCAUGCUGCUGGUGUUCGUGGUGGGCACGAGUCCGGCCGUGCUCUGAGGCGUCCCACAACGAGGUGACUUUUGAGUCGACUCAAAAUGCUCUGAGGCGUCCCACAACCACGCGCGAGUCUACGAUUUCCCCUCGCACCGAUCAGCGUGUAGCUCGCACCGAUUCAACCAUAGCCAUCAUGCUGCUGGUGUUCGUGGUGGACACGAGUCCGUCCAUGGGCCAGCGCAUCGCCAACGGGCUCACGCUGCUCGAUUGCGCUAAGAGCGGCAUCGAGCACUUCCAUAAGGUUCGGCAACGAGACAUUUCUGCCAGAUCCGAUAGGUACAUGCUGGUGACAUGCGACGAAGGCGCAUCAGCUAUCAAGGUGGUCGACCGCUUCCCCUUCGCCAGUUUCCUGCGAGUUCUCAAGGCCGUCAAGGUGGGGGGUCUCUCGUCCAUCGGCCAAUCACUGCGUGCCACGUUUGACCUGCUGCACACUCAGCGCCUCGCUGCAGACGUGGACAGAUGGGGCAUGGGUCGCAAUCUCGCAUCUGUGGAUCCGACGGUCGUCAUGCUUCUCACGGAUGGCACACAUUUCACAUCGCGCUUUGGCAUGUCAACCAGCCUGGCCCUACCCGCCAUCAGCAAAAGCUCAUCGCCGGCAUCUGACUUGAGCUCGCAGCCGUUCCGAUGGGAGCAGCGCGUGCUGGCCACCAUCCUGCGCAUCCCGUGCGUCAAACCGGAGCACCUUGAGAGGAUCGGCCCUCUGCCUGCUGCUGGGCCCAUCUCGGAGUCGCCUGCUGCCGUUGCGGUUGACACGAGUAUCUCGGCGCUCUGUGAAUCCACCGGUGGCAAGUGCAGUGUGGUAACCAGCUGGAAGAUGCUCUUCCAGCACCUAGAUAUUGUCGCCUCUCGCCUCUCGCCAGCUGUCAUCGUCUCAUUCGACCACGUCCCCCUGCCGGGCGGCGCACCCAUGCCACCCCAAGUCCAUGCGGCAUGCCAGCGAAAACUACUGUUCAUUCGCAACCUGCCUUCCGCCGGACCUGCAGGCUCGGCGGCAGGCUUGGCAGGCUCGCUGUCAGCUGCAUUAGGCCCUCCCGGAGCAGCAGCUUCGGCAGGGCAGCUUGGCUCGGCAGCGCAGCAGCAGGGGCCCGACCCUCAAGUGGUUUGGCCCAUACCUGAGGCAUUCUGGCCGGAUUUCACCACUCCUUGUACCGCUGCUGUGGUAGUAGGGUCGGGGCAGGCACAGGGGGAGGGAGAGCGAGGGGAGAGAGGGGAGAAAGGGGAGAGGGUGGUGUUAGGAAAUCUAGGUCCUCCUGUGCUCGCCAGCCCUCCUCUCUUCCCCCCUCGCGACCCGCACCCGGUGAUAACCUAUCGGGCGGUGGAUACUGACGCACGUUUGCCGCCCGGGAUAGUAGCAGACAAGUACGAGAUCGAAGGGUGCCCCAUCCUGGGGUUUCUCAGCAAGGCUGGGCCCAACGUGUGCUGGCAGGUGUUUGUGCGGGGGAGCAAGGGUCCGCGGCACGGCCUCGGGGAUCCCUUUGGCUAUCUGAGAGUGAACCGUCCAGGCAGCUCACUGACUCUACACGUCCUGCCGUACAACUACCCUGCGCUUUUCCCUCUUAUAGAGCAACUCCAACGAAUGCCGCCCCAUUCAAGAGCCUCUCCCCCGGUCGGCUGGCGGCACGAUUUCGAGCGUUACUGUGCCGGCGUCCCUCCGUACUAUGCCGCCCCGCUCCGAGCCGCGCUGCGCAGGCUCGGCGUGACAGCGGUAGGCUCGGCGGUACCGGACCUGAUGGAUGCCAGCCUGGCAGCAGGCCCAGUGGCCUCGCAGCUUCGGCGGUGGCGUGUGAAGGCGAAAGGGGAGAUAGAAGAUCGGCUGCAGGAGAUUGCAAAGACGGCCAAUCAGAUGGCUCAAUCUGCUGCUGCUCGCCCGCCUCCUCUGCCCACACUCUCCUUCAAGAUCCCUCUGCCCUCCGUGGCACCACUCCCGGCAUUCCUACCGCCACCUGACAAACCACAUCCACAACGGCAGCAACAGCAGCAGCAGCAACAGCAGCAGCAGCACCAGCAGAAGCAACUGCAUCAGCAGCAGCAGCAGAAGCCACUGCAAACGCAGCAGCAGCAGCAGCAACAGCAAUACCACGUAGUGCAGCUGCUUCCACCCCCGCCGCCACCUCGGUCCUUCCCUGUCUUCCCCAUCCCUCCACCCCCCGCCGCUCACUCCCACCCGCCCUUUGCCUCGACCAAUCCACACGCUCCAUCGGACCCUCCUUCCCUCCCUGUAUCUGUGGAGGUUGGGGAGGCUGGUGUUUCCGGUGGUGCUUACAGUGCUGCUUCUUAUGGUGCCGGUGCUUAUAGCACUGGUGCGUCUAACGGUGGUGCUUAUGGUGCUGGUGCUGGUCCUGCUAAGCCUGGUGCUGCUGCUGGUGGUGCUGCUGGGGGGUCAGGGGCGGGUUUGGGGGGUGUUGGUGCAGGGGGGGAAGGGAAAGGGCGCCAGGCAACCAUCUUCUCGAAUCCGUUUGAAGUUUCACGAGAGGAUUCGCUGAGGCAAGUGCUUCAGCUGCCGCUUCGCCUUGCCGCCAUUCUCAGCAGCAGCAGCAGCAGCAGCACAGUUGCUGGCAGCGCACUCGGAGCAUCUUCCGCACAGCGGUCCACACUAUCUCAGCAGCAAUGGUCGAAGAGAGCUGGCCAAGGGGCGAAGGGAGAAGCUUUCGCGCUAGACCCCAUUCAGGAGGAACGGGUGCUGCUGCAGGGAGGGGGGGGUCGACCAAAGGGGGAAGCUGCGCCUGCUUCUGCAGCAGCAGCAGCAGCUAGGGCGCCGUUGUUCCCUGGUGGUUAUGACGUGGACAGGUGGCGGGCUCUGAUUGGCGUUGUGGGGAAGUGGGCGCUGCUGGCCGAAGAGGAGGCGAAGCACACAGUCAGCAUUGAAAAGAUGGGUGAUUUCAAUGACGCACUCCAGAGGCAGCAACCGCCGCGCAGCCCCUACAUCGACGAUCAGGAUCGCAUCAAGGCAGCACGGACGGCCUUUGGCAAUCCGUACCGGCAGGACAAGCCGGACAUGCCCACAGCCAACGAGGCCUUCCUGCGCCUGGACGAGCAGAGUGCAGGCGCACCCAGUGCAGGCUCUUCUGGCGCUGCUAGCAGUGCUGCUGGUGGUGGUGGUGCCUCUGGCGGUGCUGCUGCUGGUGCGUCCGGCAGUCCUAACAGCCCUGCGGGUGGGGCGUUUGGGGCGGGGGGCGGCAGCAACGCUGCUGCUUCUCCCAGUGUGCUGGCUCUUGCCCGCGCCCAGAAGAGGCGGCGCCGGUCAGAGUCCCCCGCACCGCCGUCUCCAUCCCCCCCCAUGUCUCCUCACGCCUCUCCUCCUCCCUCUCCCUCUCCUCCCUCUCACACUCCCUCUCCCGCUCCUCCCUCUCACACUCCCCCAUCCUCGCCUUCACCCCGUGCAUUACCUGUCCAAGCCUCACCAUCAGCUCCUGCUGCGCGCCCAGCCGCUCAAAGCGGCAGUCUGGAGGGGCUAGUGCCUCCAGCUGCCGCUGCUGCUGCACCUGUUUCUGCUGCUGCUGCAAGCUCUGGUCCAACUGUUGCCCGACCACCAGGCAUUGGUGCCGCUGCCUCUGGUUCCCGUCCCGCUCCAGCAGCAGCAGCAGCAGCAGCAGCAGCAGCAGCAGGUGGAAGAACCUCCGUACCUGCACCAUCCACUCCCACGGCCACUGCAGCAGCAGUUACAGCAGGAGCCACAGCAGCAGUUGCAGAUACACCCGUCGAAGCAGCUACAGCUGCAGGCUGCGUUGAUGCAGCAGCAGGUGCUGCUGCUGCUUCUGCAGUAGCUCCUGCUGUUUCUGCAGUGGCGAAGCCACCAGAUCUCCCUCCUGCCACUCGCACCACCGUUGCUCCAGCCUCGGCAGAAGAAGUCAAGCGAAGCGAGCUUAGCCAUCCACUGUUCAUGCCGGAGAGCUGUUACCGGGCGGCACAAGCAAUGGAGAGGAGACAACAGAAGGCCAUGCAAUGGCCCAGAGGAGCAGCAGCAGGGGAGGAUCGAGGAACGGGGCUGGGGAGACGGGUAGGAGCAGCUGUAGAGGGUAGAGAAACUGGGGCAGCAGGGGAGACAAGAGAAAGGACUGUAGCAGGGGAGGGUAGAGGAGCAGGGGAAGGUAGAGGAAUAGGGGAGGGUAGAGAAGGAACGGAAGGUAGAGGAACAGGGACAAAGAAACGGAGGGUGAUAGGGGAGGGGGAGUCACGGGAGUGGACCGUAGAUUUGGGACUGGAGGAGAGGGUGGAGGAGCAGGAGGGGGUUGUGGCGUUGGCCAUGCGGAGGGGCAAUCCUCUCUGGCGCACUGUGCGCACGCCAGCUGGCAAUGAGAGGGACCAGGAGGAGGUGGUAGACUUCUUGCUGUCGAUUUACCGCGUGCUGCGGUCAGCGCGUCCUAACAACACAAAACAGCUCUUUGCCCUUCUCUCAGUUCCCGACUUCCCCGUGGACAAGCACCAUUUUGUACAACAGCUUGUGGAAAAGGCACGUAGAUUCAACAAGCCGUUCCUUGUGAGGGAGCUGUCAGAUUACCUUGCAGCUCCUUCAACAUGAGCAUAUUCUUUGAUCAGACAAUAUUGUAUUGUGUUUUGUUAUACAGUUCGUGCUCAUCACGAGCAUCAAUAUAUCGGCUUAUCUUCG